UUUAUCCCAUUAAUAUCUUCAAAAGACAAUAUAAUAUCAACAGAAGCAGCUAUAAAGUAUUUUAUUAUUCAAGUUAUAGCUUCAUCUAUAUUAUUGACUUUCGUUAUAUUAGAUAAUAUUCUGCUUAUUUUAAAUAAAAAUAUGAUCAAUUCAGCUAUUUCUAUUCCACUGUGCAUCACCUUUUCAUAUAUGAUUUCCAUCUGUAAUAGAAGGAUUAUCAUGAUUAAAUUGUUUUAUUCUAAUAACAUGACAAAAAUUAGCUCCAUUUAUUAUUUUAUCUUACUUAUAUUAUCAACCUAUAAUAUUUUUCGUGAUAAUUUCAUCCUUUAUUAUUGGUUCCAUUGGUGGUUUCAAUCAAACAUCAACACGAAAAUUCAUAACUUACUCAUCCAU